AUGUGCAUGUGCAUCCGACAGAGCACAAAAGGGGGAAAAAGAAACUCUAGAACCCAAUCUCCUCCAAUAAAAAGAAUCACCCGGAAACAGUGUCCGGAAAGUGGGCACGAGGGUCCAGGAAAGUUUCCAGCGAGCGUCUCGUCAACUGGAAUUUCUCCGGGGGGGUUCAAUCGAGACUUACCCGGCUACGAUCGCUACAAGAUCAUCGGUAAUGAGUCUGCGGGCGAGUACAAGUUGCAGCUGAAGGACGUAAAUCUCAGCGACAACGUGGAGUUUGAAUGUCAAGUGUUACCAGCUGGCAACAACCCCCCGCUGCGUGCGAAAACAUCCGUCAAUGUUUUGCGGCUCGAUGACGAUGCGUCGGGUAAUUCGUCGGCAAGUUUACCCCGGGGCGUCAUCGACGCGGACUCACGGGGGAACGGGAAUUUCGCGACGAUUAUGUCGAAGGCGAGCGAGAAAAUUGAGAAGGGAAGAGAGGAAGUAGUCAGCGAACCGGAGGCACAAAGUGGCACCGGAGAAUGUUUCGUUACCCCGGCGAAAUCCAGACCGGAGUUCGUUCCCCAGAAGUUCCGCAUUACGUGUAUCCGGGCCGGCCCCGUGGAUCGCGUCGAGUAA